AAAAAACGGUCCUCGUCUGGGGGAAGCAACCAAAUCGAGCGACCACAUCUACUUCGAAUGAGAUACAACAAGCAGCAUCCCCACAGGAGAAAGAAGGUCAUGUCGACGAACAAGCACCUCCAAAUCGUGAGGUAGCCGAAGCAAUAGAGGAGUGGCUACAACGCGAACUGUCUACAAGACAUGAGAAAAAGCGCCAAGCCAGAAAUCCUGAAAGCGGCGGUAAACGAGGAGGACAUGCGAAAGUGCCUUCAACUUCUACUUUAUCUAGUACUAGAGAUCAUGACAGUCAAGAACAACCUCAACCUUCUACUAAUACUGGAGAAACGGUUUUUGAAGAACGCUACGAGUUCCAGACACCUCCAGCGGGAGCUCUACUCUCAGCGUCUACUGGCACAGAAGCUCCCUCAGGACACGCAGAAGUGAAAAUUGGAGACCUUCAUCGCCAACCGUUGAGCCUCCUUUGCCUGGAUCCAGUUACAUCUAAUCAGCGGUGCCGCCAAGAAUUACUAGAAGCUCAACGAAAAAUACAUGAGGAAGAAUGCACUCAUCAAACAGAAGCCAG